AUAAGUAAAUCCAGUCCGGACAGAAUGCCCAAAAACCCUAACUAUAUAAAGUUAAUCAUUCCCUGUUUCUUCAUAAACCCACUGAAGGUCCGCCAUUUGAAGGCUCUAUUCGCUCAAAAUUUCCUAAAGAAGAGAAAUGAAGGUAAUCGCAGCUUACUUGUUGGCCGUGUUGGGUGGCAACACCUGCCCCACAGAUAAGGAUUUGAAGAAAAUCCUUGGAUCUGUUGGAACUGACGCCGAUGAUGAUAGGAUUCAACUACUGCUCUCUCAAGUUGAGGGCAAAGAUAUCACUGAGCUGAUUGCUGCUGGCAGAGAAAAGUUGGCUUCAGUACCUGCUGGUGGUGGUGCUGUUGCAGUUGCUGCACCUGCUGGUGGUGGUGCCGCUGCACCUGCUGCUGAGGAGAAGAAGGAAGAAAAGAAAGUGGAAGAAAAAGAAGAGUCUGAUGAUGACAUGGGUUUCAGUCUUUUCGAUUAGAAGAAUUCGAAGAGUUCAGCUUAUGAAGUAUCUCUUUUUGUUCUCCUUGAGCGUAUUUUAGGAGGUUUCUUGUCUACUUACAGAUUUUGUUUGAACUUAGAAUUUUUAUGGACAACAUGCUGAGGCAAACAGUGGAAAUUAUAGUAUGUAAUUUCAAAUUUUCAGCUCUCUUAAAUAUUAUCUAUGUUGAUCUUACGUCA